CUGAAACCGAUUUGUGGUAGCUCCAAAGUUUUGAGCGGCUGUAGCAGCAAUACUGCUUUCUGUCAAGGCAAGGUACUUGCAAAACCAUGUCUGGCUUUGGAGGAUGGAGGGAAGACAGCAGGUACAGGACAGCCACUGCCUCCAAUACUCCAUCUUCCUCUCAGGGUAACCCCUGGAAUGGCAACAACAAAGCAGAGAAGGGUGAGAACACCCAGAAGCUGACAGCAUCUGAAGGGGAGCAAAAAGGCAAAGCACCAGCCCACCAACAGCAAGAGCGAUAUGUUGGCCCAUAUGUCUUGGUAACUCCAAAUGCAACCAGAAGAAAACAGUUGCAGCAAAUUGCUAAGAAAGAGCUCGAUGACCUGGAGCAAUGGAAGAAAGAACACAGGCCAGGGCCAAUUACAUUGGUGCCACAGAGACUGGGUGGAAACGAAUCAGAGGCUCAAGUACGACAAAACCAGCAAAUGGUUCUCAUGCAAUCUAAAUACCAGAAAAAGAACAAGAGAGAAGAAUAUGUAAAAGCAAGAAAGGCAGCUGAAGAAGCUGAAAUCCUGAAAAAGAAAGCAAUUCAGAGAGAGAAGGCAGAGAGACUUGAAGUUAAGAAAAGACAAGAAGAAAUGCAAAGAAGAGAGAUGCUUCUUGAAGAUCAAAAGUACAAAACCAAUGAAUUACUGAACAGAUUGGACGUGGGUUUGCCAAAGAGUGAUUCCUGUCAGAUUGCUAAUCCUGGCCCAGAAUCUACAGCAUGGGAAAGAAGCCAUGCUUAUAAGCAAGCUCUUCGUGAGGAUGAAAAUAGACAAUUAGAGGAAAUGAAGCAAGAACAACGGAGGAAGGCUGAAUUAAUGGCAUUUAAAGAAAAGCAGGAAGAGGAAACCAGGACAAGAGAACUUAAAAAUGAACAGAGGAGGGUAAAUAAUGCUUUCCUGGACAGACUCCAGAACAAAACACAGCCUGAUGACAUCUACCACCCUGGAUAUACUGGAUUACCUCAAUAAUGGCACCUUGGAGUAAUAUCCACUUGUAAUAAAGAAGGAGCAAGGGUAUUUUCACUUUUAUCUGGCCUAGGCCAAAUGGCCUCAUAAAAGCUCCAAGAAACUGCUCUUUAUUGUGGUUCUUUUCUUAGCCUGACUUCAGCUGCACAACCUCUUCAUGAGCAAACAGCUGAUUAUGAAAGUCCUAUUAAAUUUUUAAUAAGAAUAUAUGUAAAUUUUUUUUCAUAAAUUGUUUUGCCUCUUGGAGAAUGUAAUUAUCCCAGUCUUCAUGAUCCCUGGAAAAGAAGACAUAAGUGACCGCAAAAACUGCAGUAAUAUCUGUGUUUACUUGUUGGUCUAUACCUAGAAAAAACUUUCACAGACAAUCUAAAAAAGCAGGUAGAGUUUUCUUUUGGGAAGGGAAGUAGAAAUGUUGCUGGGGUUUUGUUUGUUUGUCUGUUUUCUGGUUUGUUUGUUGGUUUUGUUUUUUUUUGUGGAAGUUUUGUGAAAUUAUUUUACUGUUGUACUCAAUAGCAGACACUCAAGAAGAAAAAUGUGCAUUGUAGACAGUAUCUUUUAAAUAAGUUCUUAGAAAAAUACAACACAUGAAAGAAAGAAAUAAAGCUUGAAAAAACACUGAAAUGUA